AAUGUACUUCUCAUACAUUCUUUUCUUCACAGAAUACGCUUGAGCCAAUGGACGAAAUUGCUGCAUUGAUAGCAGCUGCUGUUCAUGAUAUCGAUCAUCCUGGUUUUACAAACUCAUUUCUUUGCAAUGCAUCAGAUUCUCUUGCAGUUUUAUAUAACGACAUUGCUGUUUUGGAAAGUCAUCAUGCUGCAUUAUCUUUCAAAAAAACUGCCGGAGAUGAAUCGUCAAAUAUCUUUAGAGGACUUAGAAUGUAAGUGGCCCUCUUUAAUAUUUAUUUUAUGCAAGUUAAUUGAUAACUUUUAUAAUGCUUACUUAUUCGAUAGUUACUUAUUCUGACUUUUUAGUGAUGAUUAUCGUGCAAUUCGACAAAGUAUUAUUGACAUGGUGAUGGCUACCGAAAUGACCAGACAUUUUGAACAUCUUUCCAAAUUUGUUAACAGUAUCAAUAAAAGACGGACAUCCAGCAUUGGUGAAGUCACAACUGUGGUAUGUUAUAUGUUAAUUUCGCAUUGUAUUUAUUUUUAUAUAUAAGCUUUGGUAUGCAGCUUUCCCAUGAACAUAAUUUUUGGGUUGAGACAAUUCUAACUUAGAAUUCCAUGACUCGAUGAUUCAAUCUUACGAUUCAAUGCCAGCUAUUAUGCUGGCUUCAUGCAAACAAUGGCGUAUGUUCAUCUUAUUAUCAGUAUCAUGCUCCAGUUACUGAAGCUUUCUCGGUUUAUCCCCGAGCCAACGAGGCGGAGCGCCGUUCCGGGCGUUAGCCCGGGGCGAGGGUACUAAUUCCGCCCGGCUAUUUACACCCGGGGAAAGGAAAGCAUCAUCAAUGAUCGCGGGCGCGUGACUAUGGCUCAUGGUGGACCUCAUCACUGAUCUCAAAAAUAUGGCUGCCAGGAGUGGGAUAAGCACACUGAGGAUAUUAAAGCAAGAUUUCAAUUUUCAAAGUCAUAUAUUUGGAAAAUCACGUUUCAUACAAUGAGCCUUGAAGCAAUUUUUGUUUGUAGAAAUGGGAAGAAUUGAUUUACUAUGUCUAUGAAAAAUCAUGAAAUAUAGGGCAAGUUUGCAUUGAAUGUUUAAUGUUCAUGAAUUUUUUUGCUUUAAUAAUUUAUUGCGUAAAACAUGUACUUCUGUUUUCCUUUUCAAUGAAGCUGUAUAAAGUUUCCUAAAUUUAAUACCUUGUUUAAUGAACAAAAAAUGUAAAAUGUAAAGGAGCAGAAAUUACUCAAUAAUAGCGCUUUAGAAUAUUUAUAGUGUUUAGCGCUUUAUAAAUUAAUAAAUUAUAUUAUUUAUUUAAUAAUUUGAAGUAAAAAAGUUUAUCGGCAAAAGCAGUUUAGUUAUUAAAAUGAACAUUUCAAAACAUUUUACGAAGCGAUUAACUCGGCCAAAGAGACUGGGCACAAGUGAAUGUCAAGAAUAGUGUGCUGCCGAGCUAACGCUCUUAAGGUUAAAUUUUACAUUAAAUCAAAGCUCACAAAAUCCAGAACAACAUACCUACAGUACAUAUUUCGGAAAUUCAUUGUUAUAUAGUUAAAAGCAAUAAUUGUUGCGGAACUUGUGAUUCCACCGUCUGGUUCAUUCAGUAAACGCUCAAGGGACUGUAUUUUAUAAUUGUAUUGAUUGUAAUAUGUGAAAGUAUACUAUUUACAACGUGAGUUUUAGACUGUUAAACAUUCCGAUUGUCUCGCUACGAUCUGAUGGCAACAAUGACAUUCAAUCACUCCCUAGCUAUUUGAUUACCCUACCAAAUUACAAUGUGUCACUGUGACGUAUCAAUUUACACAUACAAAGACUUAUUUACGAUUUAACAUGAAUUACGUCAAGCACAAUACUGAUAUAUUACAUGAAGUAUAUUUAAAGUUGAAUGAAUUGGCGGCACUGCGCUGGGAACCUACGACACCCCACCCACCUUGAUUCAUAAAGGUCUAUGAAUCAAGCGCGUCUCGGUCUCGGACGAUCAUGCAAGACAUGCAAGGACCCGUCUGCCUUAGCUAUGGGGGAAUCCUUUCCCUGCCCAUUCCCACCCGGUCGAGCUUGAACCUCCAAUGGGAAUAACUUCUGUAUAGGCCUAUUCAAAUAGACUGGUCUACCCUUGCCUGCAACCUUUACUUUGGCCCCUCGGACCUCCUUGUCCUUACCUACAAUUAACUCUUCUACAACUGCUAACUUCCAACCACAUCUCUUUCCUCCUUCUCCGUACACUGUCACUACGUCUCCCUUCUUUACUUCUCUCAAUCUACCUCCGUUUUUGCAUUUAUGGAACUCUCUCAACCCUGUUAGAUACUCCUUUUGCCACCUCUUCCAGAAGUGCUCUAACUUUAACGACACAUACUUAAAUCUCUCCUCACAACUAUUCUCGUCUUUAGUAACUUCGUUCUGUGGCAUAAUAUUAAUUGCUCUACCAUAUAUUAAGUGUGAAGGAGUUAAGACUUCACCAUCAAAUUCUUCGUAUUCAUCAGUCAACGGUCUUGCAUUUAAUGUACCUUCAACUUCAACUAAAACUGUAUUAAGUUCGUCGAACGUUAACCUAGCAUUCCCUAAAGUCUUCCUAAGACACCUUUUCACGCUUCGUACCAUCCUCUCAAAAACUCCACCCCACCAGGGUGCCCUCUCUAAGUUGAACCUCCAGGUUAUUCGCUUCGUCUGUAGCUCGGACUUAACCUUUUGCUGACUAUAUAGUUCCUAAGAGCUUUCUCUGAUGCCUUAAAUGUCUUUGCAUUGUCUGAUACUAUCAAACUAGGCGUUCCUCUUCUAGCGGCAAACCUUCUUAAAGAACGUAAAAACGUGUCGGCUGACAAAUCUCGUACUAACUCUAAAUGUAUUGCACGUGUCACACAGCAUGAGAACAAUGCUACAUACACUUUGUUGGAACAAUCUGCACAAACCUUUACAAAAAGUGGACCAGCGAAAUCAAUUCCCACUUUAGAGAAUGGUGCUGCCUGUCUGACUCUAAACCCCGGUAAAUCUGAUACUGGUGCUUCACUGUAUGAUUUCCCUUCCAGUCUCUUGCAGGUAACGCACUUGCCUACAAUUCGCUUAACCAGUUGUCGUCCUUUCACUACCCAGUACUUUGAUCGUAGUGUACAUAAAGUCGCUCGUACACCACAAUGAUGUACAUCACUGUGUGAUUUUCGAACCAAUAACUCUGUUAAUCUGUGAUCCUUUGGCAAGAUGAUUGGGUAUCUGGCACUCAAUUCUAAUCCGAAUUCUUCAAUCUGCCUUUGCACCUCAGAAUACCUUCUUCCUCCACUAAUCUUAAAGAAUUACUCAGCUGAUCAUAAUUCUUCUGAUCCUUCAGUUCUGUCUGAGCUUUCUUAAUCCAAAAUCCCUCUGCUUCAACUAGUUCCUCUACACUGAGCUCUCCUCUACGUUUAUCAACAUUCUUUACUUUAGCUUGAGAAUUAAACUUGAAUCUAAAUACCCAUGCUGUCACUCUAAAAAGCUGUUCUGAUGUACUGUACUUGUUUAAGUCAAUCACAAUGGUUGCAUGAUCUUGCUGGUUAACCUGUACUAACAUUGCUACUGGUUUUCUUUCUUCCUCUAUCACUUCAGGUCUCUUCACAUUACACUUAAAUUUAGGCCACUCUUCUUUGGACUUAGAGAGCCAAUCUGGCCCCUCCCACCAAAGUUUACUAACUUUCAAAUUUGAAGCUAACAUCCCCCUUGAACCUAUAUCUGCAGGGUUUUCUACCCCUGGACAGUGCCCCCAAUCCUCUUUGUUUGUGAGUUUCAAAAUUUCAUUAACUCGAUGAUGGACAAAUUGCUUCCAUUCCCCUCUAUUCCUUAUCCAGUAAAGGGCAGUAAUGCUAUCAAGCCAGAAACAGGUAAAUCUAUCUUAACUUGGGUUCCAAGUGCCCCUUUAACUGAGUUCAUGAGCUGGGCAAGGAGUCUUGCUGACAUCAAUUCUAAUCUGGGUAUGCUUGUCGGUUUUAAAGGCGCUACUCUUGCUUUAGAGGUUAGUAGACGCACAUACACUCCUACACUUGUUUGGUAAACAAAAUAGAUCACGGCACAAUAUGAUUUCUGACUUGCAUCACCAAAUCCAUGCAAGGUACACUCUAAGACCUCCUCCUCUGGGUUAUCAUAUAUGCAACGAGGAGUAAUUAUUUCAUUUACUUCUAUUAAAUCCUUAUACCAGACUUCCCAUUUCCUAAGUAUUUCUCCAGUGAACACCUCAUCCCAAUCAAUUUUUGCCUUGCAUACUUCUUGAAACAAGAUCUUGGCAUAAACAAUUAUAGGGCUCACUAUCCCGAUAGGAUCAAAAAGACUAGCUAAAACACUUAACAGAUUUCUUUUCGUAGGUGAUAGAGUUCUUGCUUUUUCACCUGUCUUUGCAACCUCAAACUUUAACUCAUCCUUAUUGUUAUCCCAUACUUGACCUAAAACCUUAUGGCAUUUUGAUUCAGUUCCCUUCAUUCCUAGAGAUAAUUUUGCAUAUGAUUCAUUCUCAUCUAUUCUAUCGCUCUUCCUGUCCAUGGUCUUCUCUUCUAAAUCAAUCUUAUCUUUCAACAUUCUACUAUUUGUUAACCACUUUCGCAUGUUGAAACCUCCCUGUGCCAUCCUACGCUUUGUCUUACUGUACAACUCUAAUGCCUUUCCUGUACUACCCUCACCACUGACUAGAUCAUCCACAUAAAACCCAUCAAGCAUUUUUUGUACAAACUCUGGAUCUUCUUCAACAUAUGUAGAGACAUGGUGUCUCAAAGUAGCAUUGAGCAGGAAUGGUGAUGAAUUUAACCCAAAAACUACUCGGCAAAAACGAUAAACUAGUGUCUCCUGGUCUUCAUUCUCAACAUUCUUCACCCAGAGGAACCUUAAGCUAUCUCUAUCUGCUCUAUCUACUUCCACAUUCAGGAAUGCUUUCUCAAUAUCGCCUACUAACGCUACUCUUUUUUCUCUAAACCUUAUUAAUAUACUAUACAGCAAUGGAUUGAGAGAUGGUCCAACAUGUAAACAGUCAUUAAGCGAUGUUCCUGAUUUUGACUCCUUUGAGGAUGCAUCAUAGACAAUACGUAGUUUUGUGGUCACAGCAUCCUUGCGAAUGACCGCUUGGUGUGGUAAGUAAUGCACCUUGUCUGCCUUCUCUAGACUCGAUACCUGCUUCAGGUUCCUUCUUCAAUCGCCUUAACUGGCUCUUCAUUCUCGCUAGACUAUUCCCGUAAUUGUCUGAAAGCUUGUCAUGGCCUUCCUUCCAGGGCAGUUUCACGGAAUAUCUACUGCCUGUGAAGGUCACGCCAUCUAAAAAUUCCUCAUGAACACUAUCCUCGUCAAUUAUGCCUAACCCUUCCAAACUCCAAAGCCUUUGCACAUUACUCUCUAAACUAUCAUUGUUCCACUCCUGAUUACCUAUCUGUGCUACAAAAUUUACCUGAGCUACUCCAACCCUUUCUAUGUCCCUUGCUCUAAGAAGACCUGACAAAACCCAACCUAACUCUGUUUCAACAGCUACUGGAUCCUCCGGUCUACCUCGCCUGGUAACACCUGUUUGAAACUGCCAAAGAUAAUCUGCUCCUAUGAGAACGUCUAUUUCUAAAACUUCCUGGCUACAAACAUCAGAGAACCAUGUGCCCUUCAAGUGUUGGUAAUCCUUUCGUGCUAAUUCUAUGUGUGCAUUUUGUAUACUUGAAAUUUCUGGUACUACAUAAGCUUCUACAGUUAUGACCUUAUCCCCAUGCAGAGGUUUAAGCUUUAAUUCGACCACAUCCCUUUGUUCGGACCUGGUACAUUUCUGACCGAACGUAUUAAUGCCUAACAAUUCCCGUCUUAAACCCUUGGGAUCAACGAGACUAGCUGCUUUCGAAGUCACAAAGGAGCGAUGACUUCCCGCGUCAAACAGUACCCGGACCUUAGCCUCCCUUUCUCCCCUUAAAACCCCGCGCGCAGUUUGCAAGGCAACCAGGCCACCAAUUCCUACAUGCAAAUUGGCAGAACUAGAUACAUUAAUUUUAGGGUCUUGUUUAGUUAUAUCUUUACUUAUUUCCUCAUGCAUAGUUUCUUUGUUGUCAUUAUCACACAGGGCAACAUGAUGUGUGCCAUUGCAUUUCUUACACUUGGUUGAUACACUACAAUUAUUAGCCCUAUGGCCUUUAUCUAAGCAUUUAAAACAUCUACCAAACUUACGUGCUAAAGUCUUACGAGUUUUUGGAUCCCUUACUCCUGGACAGUCUUCGUGGGCAUGUUGUUUCAGACAGAAGGCACAACAGAUUUUUCGUUUCUCAUUCGCCAAGAGUGCAGCAGCAGUAUAAGGGUUCUUUCGCUGACGCUGUUGCUCUCGUUCCAUAUUUACUAUUGCAGUCGUUCCCACGGCAUUAUGUGCUUCUCUCAGUUCCAAUUCUUUUACAAAUGCAUCCAGCAUUUCUUCCAUCGACCAUUGUAGAAAAUCUGUUCCUCUGGUAAUCGUCAACCGAAAUGAUUCCAGUAGUUUCUCGACGAUGACUGGAACAACAAUACUGGAGUAAGAUUCCUCGCUCACCCCCAGUGCUUUCAACGCGCGGUUAUGUGCUUCACAGCUAUCAUAUAAAUGGCGAAGUCCUCGCGUGUCUCUUUCCUUGAAUACCGGCGACAAUUGAAUCAGUUCGUUCACGUGUGCUCGCUCGCUGGACUGCGCUCUUUUUAUCAAAUCGUUUCUUUAAGAGUUCUACUGCUGACUUAUAAUUUGCUUCUGUCAGAGAAAACCCAGCGAUUGUUGACUUUGCUGGUUCUUCCAACAGACCGCGUAAAUACGCAAAUUUAUCGACAUCAGACAAUUGCUCAUUGUUAUCGAUUGAACUUGAAAAGCUGUCCAAAAACUCCUGCCAUUGCAAAUCUUUCCGUUAAACUUUCUGAGUUCAAGUUUCGGGAGCUUAGCUCGAACGAUUUUACCGACUGACAUAUCGCUGGAGGUUGACAAAUGACUCUGAUUAAGGCUUGCAUCCGCGGCGUUGUGCGUUGUCGACACUGACAAUGGCGUGCUUUGUCUCAAUUUACACAAUUCAUCCUCGAGCUCGAGUAAUAUUCUUUCCAGUUCCGCUAUCGCGUUGUCUGAGUCUUCAAUUUCUUGCGUUACAAGUUCAUCGACGUCUUCCUCUUUCGAUGCGCUGAUUAUGUCGAUUAUUUGUUCGUCGAAUUGUCUUAUCGUCUUGAUUUUUUCUUUCAAGUUCGUUUGGCUCUGUCGCAACCAUAGUAUGUCUUUGUCUGGGCUCUCACUUUGAAGCCUUUCAACUAUCUUCGCCACAAGCUUUUUAGCUGACGAUCUGUGGCCUCCUCUCACUCGUUUCUUCUUGACUAGAUCUUCCAUCUGACGAUUCAAGUCUCGAAACCUCACGCAACUCUAUUCUCGACCGCGACGCAAAUGUUGACUAUUUGCGCGUCCUUUCUUCACAAUAUUAACAAUCCGGCUCGAUCGGACCACUGUGUUGCGGAACUUGUGAUUCCACCGUCUGGUUCAUUCAGUAAACGCUCAAGGGACUGUAUUUUAUAAUUGUAUUGAUUGUAAUAUGUGAAAGUAUACUAUUUACAACGUGAGUUUUAGACUGUUAAACAUUCCGAUUGUCCCGCUACGAUCUGACAGCAACAAUGACAUUCAAUCACUACCUAGCUAUUUGAUUACCCUACCAAAUUACAAUGUGUCACUGUGACGUAUCAAUUUACACAUACAAAGACUUAUUUACGAUUUAACAUGAAUUACGUCAAUCACAAUACUGAUAUAUUACAUGAAGUAUAUUUAAAGUUGAAUGAAUUGGCUGCGCUGCGAACCUACGACAAUAAUCUUUCAACUAUUUUUGCCGUGUUCUACAUAAGUACAAUAAAAAUUUAAAUUAUCGUGUUGCCAUGGCAACACUGACGUAACGCGAGCCUGUGUUCAGUGUUGAUCAAUUAUUAAUACUUCAUGUUAAAUUAAUAUUUAGUAAAUAUAGGCGAGGGGUUGCAUGUAUUUCUAGUUUUGCGAAUGAGCUGUGUUUCGGCAUGCAAUAAACAGAAAGCGUAUUAACAAUUUCUCGUCAAUGGAAAAGCAGUCUCAUUGCAAACUUUUGCUAUAAAAACCCCGGGACAAUGCUGUCGCUGUGCAGUUACUUCAUAUGCUUUUAACGAUUUUGUCUAAAAGUACACACGAGUGACCACGAGUAACUUCUGUGUUUAAAAAUCAUAAACUAAUAAUACUAUUUUAAACUAUUUAUUUACAAAUUAUUGAAAAGCGUUGCCCGGGUAUUGGAUCGGAUCUCUUUUCCGACCGGAUUAACUUGCGUGUUGGGCUCUAUGCUUGAAAUAUAUUAAAAUCCCGCAUAUAUAAGAACUUAGACUUUAAAAACCUGUUAGGCUAAAAUAUGUUAUUUAGACCUCCUUUAAAUAAAAACCUGUUAAAAUAAUGUGUACGGCACCUGAACGAUUCAAUAUCUUGCUUGAUAGUGCUUCUAAAUCCUUAAAUACAUAUUAUGGAAAUACUGUGCGCCAUAUUUAUUUACAAUAGAACCCAAGCCCAGCAAGCUCUCGCGGCUUUGAUCCCACCCUCCCUGUUAUUAGUGCAAAUUAUGGGCGUGACGUAAUAUUUCGCGUGAGCCUCGAAAGCUUGGGUUCUAAUGUAAAUAAAUAUGGCGGAAUUUGAAAAUAUAACAAGGAGGAAUUUCGUUUUCGACCAAUCAAUACAUUUGUUGACAUUUUCGCUCUAAGCCAAUCAGAAUGCGUAAUUGGUUACUAUUUCCGGUAAAAACACACAUUUGAACAGAAAAUAUAGGGUCUUAAAUAAAGCUUCCAGGAGGUCAGGAUUUUUAAUUUUUUGAUUAGAUUUAACGUGACAAGGAACAUUUAGAAAUUUUCUAGAAAGUUGCCGCUGGGAUUUGCGUUUUAUUUCCUAGUUUUAAAGUUAUCGGCGUAAAAAUAGGUACGCAUUGCGUACAUGCGGUUAGCCUAUAGGAUUGUCAAUUGUUAUAGCGUCAUAUAGCUGAUUUCGUUCAAAAUAUAAUGAACGAAAUAUCUUGGUUGAUUUUUUAACCAUUGAACCAUAAAAUUUUUAUUCUUCAUUCUUUGUCGUAUGAAGCCAAAUACCGUAUGACAUACCCAUAAUACAGCAACCUUUUUAAAAACAAACCAGAAAAAAUUAAAUUAACUCUACUAUUUCGUUGUAAACGGCUAAAAUAAAAUUUUAAACCCUUUCUCGCUCAGUCCCAUGCCCAAGCAUCGUAGGUCGCUAAAAGCUGCCAACCUAUAAGGUCCAGGCACACCGGGCGCGAUUCGACAACGCGACGCGAUUUUUUAGUUUUUGAAAGUUAAUACAACAGCCAAUGAGAGCAAAUCUUAAAAGACAUGUAGACCAAAUAACGCAAAAUGUUAAACGCUUCUAAAUACUUGGAAAAUUUAAAUUAGGAUUAAAGUUAUCGGUCAGUGAAAAUCGAAAAAUCGCGUCGCGUUGUCAAAUCGCAUCCGGUGUGUCUGGACCUUUAGAUGUUCAUAUCUUGAGUUUAGUGCAUGCUAUGAACACAAUAAUACCUCCAUUUGAUUCAGUGAAAAAAUCAAAUAGUUCCUUACAAUAGCUUUAGUCAUUAUCAACAUUGUAGCGAUUUAUUGCCUCUGAAAGACAAGCGAGAUCGUACCUUUCGCUGAACAUAUAACUUCGGCCACGCUACAGAGGUAAUGUGACUCGAAUCGGUUUCCGACGAACGGUUUCCGACGUUUCCCGAGUGCUAGGACAGCAUUGUUUCGACAAUCCGUUUGUAUUUCCGGUUGAAGCUCUCACUAAAAAUUUAGAUAUUCUGAAAUACCGAAAUAAAAGAUGCAAAUAUGUAGAUACAAGCUUGAAAAUAACACUCUGAAUAGAGUUUUGGAUUCUGAUUCGAACAAGACUAAUCUAUUACGAAAAAGAUAUGUUGAAAGGGACCAAAGUUCUGUUCGGCGAAAGGUUAUGCACUUAUAUGCCUUAGUUGGUAUUAAUACAUUGACAUUGUUUACAUUGUUCGGGAAAAUUGUGUGAAAUAUGGUAUCGCAUAAUUUCUAAAGAUCGUAAAUCGCCAUAAUGUUGACAUUUUACUAAAACCAUCCAUAGGGAUUGUUCACUGAAUUGAACGGUGGUAUUUUCAUCCACAUAGCAUGCACUGAACCAAAGAUAUAUGAACCUCCAAAGUAAACCGACGAUAUGAUAUGUCCAUAUCGAUCUGCUUUAAUUAUGCGCAAGUGAACGGCUCUUUCGUAUGCGUUUAACUACAAAAUUUCAUAAACCAACGGCUCUUUCGUAUGCCUUUAACUACAAAAUUCCAUAAACCAACGGCUCUUUCGUAUGCCUUUAACUACAAAAUUCCAUAAACCAACGGCUCUUUCGUAUGCCUUUAACUACAAAAUUCCAUAAACCAACGGCUCUUUCGUAUGCCUUUAACUACAAAAUUCCAUAAACCAACGGCUCUUUCGUAUGCCUUUAACUACAAAAUUUCAUAAACCAACGACUCUUUCGUAUGCCUUUAACUACAAAAUUCCAUAAACCAACGGCUCUUUCGUAUGCCUUUAACUACAAAAUUUCAUAAACCAACGGCUCUUUCGUAUGCGUUUAAUUAACUACAAUAUUUCGCACAUGCGCAGACUAAAAACUGUCAAACUAAACUUUUUUAUGGUUUAUAACAUAGUGGUUAGCUGCGCAUGCGCAGGCUAACCACAAAAAGCUAAAAAUUGUUAGAUGCAAUAAUUUAACUAUCCUGAACAAUAUACUAAAAGUCCCCAUGGAUAUAUCCUCUUGGAGCGUUUUCCAUUAUGACAAGGUUUUUUUCGAUUUCCCUAUUACUCCCAUAUUGUUAAAAAACGUGAAAUUUCAAGUUCACUCAUAACAAAAAUGACUCGCAUCACUAGAAAGACAUUUAAACAGUCACCUAAAUUUUUCAAGCGGUUUUCGAGUUAUUGCUGUUCCAAAUGUGAAAAAUAGGCCAAAAUCUGGCAAAAAUCCUGGGUACUAGUCUGACAACACGUUUCCAACAGCUCAUAACUCAAGAAGAAAUUGCAAAAUCAAGGUAGCCGUUCAAAUGUCUUAUAUGCAGUUUUUUGUAAGUUUUCUAAUGAUGUAACUUAUUUUUCCUAUAAAUGAAUCUGAAAUUUCACUUUUUUAAUAAUAUAGGAGUUCACUAGGGAAAUUGUCAUAAUGGAGAAAGCUCCAAGAGGAUACAUGAGGACUUUUAGUAUGUUAUCAAGGUUGCUGAAGAGAGUGUAUCAUACGCUAAUUUUUGACUUUUUACUAAUUUUUUCUGACCUAUUCUAUUUUGAUUGUACUAUAAGUUCGAAUUUUAGGCAAUAAAACGCAUAUCCCAGUGGCAAAUUUUCAGAAAAUUUCUUAUUUUACCUUGUCACGUUAAAUUUAAUAAAAAAAUUUAAAAUCCUGACCCCCUCGAAGCUUUAUUUAAGACCCUAUAUUUUCUGUUGAAAUGUAUGUUUUUACCAGAAGUGAGCUUUCUGUGCUCGCAGGGAAACUACCUACAAUAACCAAUUACGCAUUCUGAUUGGCUUAGAGCGAAAUCGUCAACAAAUGCGCUGAUUGGUCGAGAACGAAAUUCUCCCUUGUUUGAAAAUAUACAGUAUUUGCAUAACAUGUAAAUGUAUUUAUGGAUUUAGAAAGACUGUCAAGCAAGAUAUUGAAUAGUUCAGGUGUUUUAUUUUAACUUCUAUUUAGUUAGAGUGCUAUUGUUGUCAAAUUGAAUUGGUCCUAAAGCCCGUGCUACGAGCAAUGGUUUAUAACUAAGCAAUAGUACUUUCAAGUAGUUGUUUUAGAAGUUUGGGAGGGCGGGGGGAGGCGGGCAUGACGUUUAUGGGCCUAUACUAACCUGUGACAGCGUCUAGGAAGUAGUAACUUUGCACUGUCCUUGGGAUCUCCGAGUUCCUUUUUCGGCGUAAUAUCCAUUUGAAAAUUUUAAUUAAAAUACUUUUCUGUUUUUCAGGGUGGUCGUGGUACCCCUGAUUCAACUACGUCGUCAUUACAUACACCUGAAAACCGAACUUUAAUAAAGAGAAUGUUGAUAAAAUGUGCAGAUAUUUCGAACCCUGCUCGGCCAAGGUUUUUGUGUGAAACAUGGGCAAAAAGAAUAGCAGAAGAAUACUUUCUUCAGGUAUGUCUGUUCAAUUUUUAGUGUAUACAAAUAAUUUUGCAGUACGAAUUUCCGCCUCGAGUCGUAAUGUGUAGCACCAAUUAUUAACAAGUACCGGGUAUCAUACUAAUCGCAUAGAGGUACCAUAUGUGGAUAUUGAUGCAUGUGCCUUUAAGUGAAAUAAAUUUGUACUGAACAAAUACUGUAUCUAUAUAUGUUAAUGUAAGUGCAAUAAUUAUUGAAACAAAGCUGUUACCUUGUGUUACAUUUAUUGCUCUUUGUUGAUACUCUUCGAUGACGCGCCAUUGAAUCGCCUUCACUUUCUAAAGGCCGAGACACACCGGACGCGAUUCGACAACGCGACGCGAUGUGUCCGGUGUGUCGAAUCCAGUGGCGCCGUGGCCGGGGGGGGGGGCAGGGGGGAACCUAAACCUAAUAAAACACUCCUGCUCUUUAUUAAACAGUACAUAAUACAUGGGAGCGCGGAAAUCCCAGAUUUAUUUCGAGUGUUGAACAUGAUAUAUCACGAGUGAGCGCAGCGAACGAGUGAGAUAUCAUGUUCAACACGAGAAAUAAAUCUGGUAUUUCCAAGCUCCCAUGUAUUUUUUUGUUUAUUUUAUAAACAAAAUUCAGUGAAAAACAAUAAAACGUCCGUGGCACUGCGUUUUACCACAAAUGAUAUUUUCACACGUAAAAAUAUCGUAUUUUUUACGUGUGUUUAAAUACGAUUUUUCUCAGUGGCCAAAAACUCUAUUUCAAAAACUCAUUAAUAAUUCAUGAGGAAAACACAAAGAGAAAUCAUAAGCGUGUCGUGUCUUUAUAUGUGAUAAAACACGCUUCAAAUUUCAACUUGUAUUUUCUCAGCUAAUACAAAGUUAUUUUGGAAAAUUAUUUCGCCAAUGCCGUGAUCUAACUGAGACGUUUUUGAAGCUGUUUAAUAAACUCGUUCGUGUUUUAUCACAUAUAAAACACUCCGCUACGCGUCGUGUUUUAUAUGUGAUAAAACACUCCUACUCGUUUAUUAAACAGUACAUAACACUUAUGUUUAUAUAAUAAACUGAUUUAUGUUUUGAAAAUAUCCAUCUCCCAUGUCCAAAGAGUCUUGUUCCAUUUUCAGGGCUCCAAAAUAUUUUUAAACAUUGUAAUUUACAUAUUUUUAGACAGAGGAAGAGAAAAAGCGUGGGUUACCAGUGGUAAUGCCAGUGUUUGACAGAGCCACAUGUAACGUUCCGCGUUCUCAGGUAAAUGUACACAAUAUUUGAAUAAUGGUCUGUUUUUUUUUAACUCGGUUACCUGGUAGACCAUGUUCUUGCCUCUGGCAGAUUUAUGAGUAAUAAAGUGUUUUUGAACUUGUAAAAGGUUUCAGUUAAAAUAAUUAUCAUAUAUACAAAGAUGCGUUUAUGGAUUUCAACCGUGCAAUUAAUGUGUGAUUGUCUUUUCUAGGUCUGGUUUAUUGACUAUUUCGUCAGUGAUCUUUAUGACGCUUGGGAUGGUGAGUUUAUACAAAACAAAUUGUUGUGUUUCAUUUCUUGUGUUGUGAUUUCGUAUGUAUACGUAUCAAAUUUUGAUGGAAUAAUUCAAUGUAGAUCUUGCAGGUUAUUUGCCACAUUAGAAAUAAUUUUGAAAAGGAU